AUGGUUAACUUCACUAUCGACCAAAUCCGUGCCUUGAUGGUCAAAGUUACGAACGUCCGUAACAUGUCUGUCAUUGCUCACGUUGAUCACGGAAAGUCCACCCUUACCGACUCCCUUGUCUCCAAGGCCGGUAUUAUAUCGUCUGCCCGCGCUGGUGUGGCCCGUUUCACUGACACGCGUCAAGAUGAGCAAGACCGUGGUAUUACCAUCAAAUCCACUGCAAUUUCCCUUUUCUUCGAGAUGAAUGAGGAUGACCUUCUCGAUAUCAAGCAGACAUCCAAUGGUACCGCUUUCUUGAUCAACUUGAUCGAUUCCCCUGGACACGUUGACUUCUCAUCUGAGGUCACUGCCGCCCUCCGUAUCACGGACGGUGCUCUCGUUGUCGUUGACUGCGUUGAUGGUGUCUGUGUCCAGACCGAGACUGUCUUACGUCAGGCUUUGGAUGAGCGCAUUAAGCCCGUUGUUGUUAUUAACAAAGUCGAUCGUGCUCUCCUUGAGUUGCAGGUCACCAAGGAAGAUCUUUAUACCUCCUUCCAGCGCACCAUUGAGUCCGUCAACGUUAUCAUUGCCACCUACAAUGACAAAGCCCUUGGUGAUGUCCAAGUCUACCCAGAGAACGGUACCGUUGCCUUCGCAUCCGGUCUUCACGGAUGGGCCUUCACUAUCCGUCAAUUUGCCGUCCGUUAUGCCAAGAAGUUCGGCGUUGACCGCAAGAAGCUAAUGGACAAGCUCUGGGGUGAGAACUACUUUAACCCCAAGACCAAGAAGUGGACCACUAAGAGCGUUGAUGCUGAUGGCAAACCCCUAGAACGUGCCUUUAACAUGUUUAUCUUAGACCCCAUCUUCAAGCUCUUUGAUUCUAUUAUGAACUUUAAGAAAGACGCUACCCUCAACAUGUUGGAGAAGCUCGAGAUCAGCUUGAAGAGUGGCGAGGAGGAACUUGAGGGAAAGCAGCUCUUGAAGACCGUCAUGAAGAAAUUCUUGCCUGCUGGCGAGGCUCUUUUGGAGAUGAUCGUCAUUCACUUGCCCUCCCCUCCUACUGCCCAGAAGUACCGUGUUGAGAACUUGUACGAGGGUCCUCAAGACGACGACUGCGCCAAGGGUAUCGCAGCCUGCGAUCCCAACGCUCCUCUCAUGUUGUACAUCUCCAAGAUGGCUCCCACCUCCGCUAAGAGUCGCUUCUAUGCUUUUGGUCGUGUCUUCUCCGGCACUGUCCGUGCUGGUCUCAAGGUUCGCAUUCAGGGCCCAAACUACCAGGUUGGCACCAAGAACGAUUUGUUUAUAAAGUCUAUUCAACGUAUUGUUCUCAUGAUGGGUCGUUAUGUUGAGCCUAUUAAGGACUGUCCUGCUGGUAAUAUUGUCGGCUUGGUUGGUAUUGACCAGUUCUUGCUCAAGUCUGGUACUAUCACCACCUGCGAUACUGCUCAUAACUUGAAGAUCAUGAAGUUCUCCGUCUCACCUGUUGUCCGGGUCGCUGUCGAGUGCAAACAGGCUGCUGAUCUUCCCAAGCUCGUUGAGGGCCUUAAGCGCCUGUCCAAGUCCGAUCCUUGCGUUCUCUGCUACACCUCCGAGUCUGGAGAACAUAUCGUUGCUGGUUCUGGAGAGCUUCAUCUCGAGAUUUGCCUGAAAGAUCUUGAGGAGGAUCAUGCUCAGAUCCCUAUCCGCAAGUCCAAUCCCAUUGUUCAGUACAAGGAGACCAUCCAGGCCGAGUCUUCUGUCACUGCUCUUGCAAAAUCCCCCAACAAGCACAACCGUAUUUUCAUGAGGGCUAUUCCUCUCUGUGAAGAGCUCACUCUUGCCAUUGAGGACGGCAAAGUUGGUCCUCGCGAUGAAUUCAAGACCCGCGCUUGUAUCCUCUCUGAUGAGUACGGAUGGGAUAGCCAGGAGGCUCGUAAGAUCUGGUGCUUCGGCCCUGAUGGCAAUGGCCCCAACCUUAUGGUCGAUAUGACUAAGGGAGUCACUUACUUGAACGAAAUCAAGGACUCCUGCGUUGCCGCCUUCCAGUGGGUCACUCGCGAGGGUGUUUUCGCUGAGGAGAACAUGCGUGGCUGCCGCUUCAACAUCAUGGAUGCCGUCCUUCACGCUGACGCUAUCCAUCGUGGUGGUGGACAAAUCAUCCCUGCCUGUCGUUGCGCUAUCUAUGCUGCUGCCUAUGUUGCUCAGCCCGGUCUCAUGGAACCCGUCUACUUGGUCGAAAUUACCUGUCCUGAGCAGGCCAUGGGUGGUAUCUAUGGUGUCUUGAAUAUGCGCCGUGGUCAUAUUAUUGGUGAAGAACAGCGUCCUGGAGCCCCUAUGUACAUUGUUAAGGCCUACUUGCCCAUCACCGAGUCUUUCGGUUUCACUGCCGAUCUUCGUCAGGCCACUAAUGGUCAGGCCUUCCAUCAGUCUGUCUUCGAUCACUGGCAGUUGAUGCCUGGUGUCUCCAAUGAAGAUCCCAAGUUGAUUGAGAAGAUUCUUUCGAUUCGUAAGCGCAAGGGCCUCAAGAUGGAGAUUCCACCUCUUGACGAUUUCAUGGAUCGGCUGUGAAGGAGUAAUAUAGAUAUGGAUGUGAACCAUUUCUUGGGAAAAAGCGUCCCUCCUAGAAUUUAUAUAUCAUACACAUUUUUAUUAUUAGCUAAUUUGUAUUUAUUAAUUGUAUUUAGUUUAUUUGUAUUCGCACCCUCAGAUGAAUAAAAAAAAAAUAAAAAUAAAAAUAAAACAAAGUAAAAUGAAAUAAAUAAAAAAAAAAUAUUGUUACAAAGCGAAAGUAUUUUAAUGCAGAUGUAGUGUCAUUGUAUUGGACAGGUAAUGAUAAUGAUUUUGUCUUGCUAAUCCUCCAU